UGGGCCCGCAGGACACGGGCAGUUAUUGCUGCGUCCUCAAAAACCGUGCCGGUGAGGAUCGAACUGACGGCUCGCUGACUAUUAAGCCCAUCAGGCCGCUCAACAUUGACGGACUCGUGGAUGCCGCCUCAACGCCUGUCCACCAGUCGCCGAUCAGCGAAGAACCAGUGAGGCCUAAAAAAGUGCCUCGCCAAGCUUACCGACCCUCAAUCCCCUCACCGAGUCCCAAACUUCAGCCAGUGGACUUCACUUUCCGUAUGCCCAUAAGAGCCAUUUCAGUACCGCCCUCGCCAGGCUCUUACAGGACCGAGUAUCGCCGUGAACUUCGCAGUCCCAGGACACAAUCACCUAGCAUGUCACCACCAGUUUUCAUUCAACCACUGCACAAUGCAGCUGCAACACAAGGUCAGAUGGUGAAACUCCAAUGCCAGAUUACUUGGUUUAAGGAUGGACAGCGCAUCUUUACAGGAGCGAAUCGAACCAUAGGGAGCGAACAAAAUCAACAUACUCUCGUCUUCAGUGACAUCUUCAUGGAAGACACCGGCGAGUAUACGUGCUUUGCGACGAACCCGGUUGGUACUGCACACACUUCUUGUCGCAUGGACGUGGAACCCCUUUCCAGUGGAGAUGAGGCGCUGGACAUGGCACCACAGCUAGUCAAACCCCUUCCCUCCGAUCUGCAAAUCACUGAGGGUGACGGGGUUGUAUUCGAGUGCAGGUUCCUCGGACGACCCGAACCAACAAUAACUUGGCUGAAGGACGAUACCGUGUUGCAGCCGUCACCACACCACCAGCUAACCACGACGCUGACCCAACUCCUGCCUCCACCGAGUCCGCUGAAAUCCACUAGCAGCCUUCAGAUCCUCACCCGGAGAUCUGUGACUCCAGUUCCGCCUCUGCCGGAGAGCCCAGCUGAACAUUGCUUUGCCAGCUCUCCGCCAAUCACACGCAGCUACUCCUUUGGACAGGCAGAAGCCCGGCCUUUACCCACGCAUCGGGUGGAACUU